AAUAAAUUUGAAUUUACAUAGUGUUAAAGAUGUUAAGGAGUGAAGCUUUGUUUGUAUAGUUCUCUUUAUUUGUAUAUAUACAGUUUUUUUCUGCGUCAAUAUUGUUUCUUUUCUGCUUUCCGUGAUACCUUUCUAUCCCCUGCUUCUCCUUCACUAACACCUUCAGAGGAGGUUGUUGCCGAAGAAGGUAUGUAAUGAAAUAUCCAUUCAUCCUCUGGUUUCUUUCUUCACUUCAUUCACUUUUUCUUUCUUUGCCAUUCUUAUCAUUUAAGUUACUCAUAUUCAUAUCAUUUCAUUCUUUUUAUCUUUAUUUUUCAAUGUUGAUUUAUCUUCUCUUCAUUUCUCUGUCUUCCUUUUGUUCUGUUUGUCCUUCAUUCACCCUCACUUUCCAUCACCAUUUCUACUUGUCAUGUUGUCCUUCUUCAGCUUGUCGAUUUUAUUUUCCUUUUUCCUCAAUCAUCCCAUGUCCUUAAUAUUCCUAAUUAUUCCAUGGAUGUUAUCUCCAAUUGUUACAGAUCACUUUUUGCCCUUCAUUGUUUCAUGUCUUGGAGUUUCCCUGGUCAUUUCUUCCUGAAAUUGAGAGAAUGUUAUUAGGUGUGACUUAAAUAUUUACUGAUCACAGACAGAAUGGAAAGUUUGUGAACAAACACACAUGCAGCAAUAUUUUAAAUUAUGGGAUUGACAAUAUUCAAUGAUGAAAUGACUGAUGCUGGGAAAGGGGUUUUCAUUUGAUAACUUGGUGACUCUUCUUAGGGUAAUCCUUGCUGCUUUAGCAUUUUUUCCAACACUCAUUAACAUGUAUUUUGCUUCUUUGUAUUUGCUGCUCAUUGCAUGUACCCGGCAUCUCCCAGAAGUGCACCAUGAAGAAGAAGUGCACCAUGAAGAAGAAGUGCACCAUGAAGAAGAGGAGGAAAAGCCCAGACCAAAAUUAAGUGCUCCCAAAAUCCCAGAAGGGGAGAAAGUUGACUUUGAUGACAUCCAGAAGAAGCGGCAGAACAAAGAUCUGGUUGAGCUGCAAGCCCUGAUUGAUCUUCACUUUGAGAACAGGAAGAAGGAAGAAGAGGAGCUGAUUGCCCUGAAAGAGCGGAUUGAAAAACGAAGAGCAGAAAGGGCUGAACAACAAAGAAUCCGCGCUGAGAAAGAGAAGGAGCGUCAGGCCAGGCAGGCAGAGGAAAAGGCAAGGAGGGAGGAGGAUGAUGCCAGGAGAAGGGCUGAUGAUGAUGCCAAGAAGAAGAAGGCUCUGACCAGUAUGGGUGCUCAAUACAGCAGCUACCUUGCCAGGGCUGAUCAGAAGAGAGGUAAGAAGCAGACUGAAAGGGAAAAGAAGAAGAAAAUCUUAGCAGACAGACGCAAGCCACUCAACAUUGACCAUCUUAAUGAAGAGAAGCUUAGGGAAAAAGCAAAGGAGCUCCAUGAUUGGUUGUGCCAGCUAGAAUCUGAAAAAUUUGACUUGAGUGAAAAACUGAAGAGGCAGAAGUAUGAGAUCACUACAGCCAGAAACCGCAUUGAUGAACUUCAGAAACACAGCAAGAAGGGUGCUGGCAAGGGCAAGGUUGGUGGCCGCUGGAAGUAAGCAGUUGAAGAGGUGCCUUCUGUUGCAGCAUGACCUGACCGUAUUGCCUCAACUUUGGAUUCUUGCUAGGCGUAUCUCCUGUGCCAAAACAUUCUGCAAAACUAUUAGGUCCAAGGCUUUGAAACGAAUAAGAAGUUAUCUUACUCAAUAUUGCACAUUGGAUCUAUGACGAUUAUCCCUUUAUUUACUGUGUUAAUAUCACGCCCAUCCUCAUCUACAAUCCUUGUUUUUGUAAAUAAAGUGUGGCAUCUAAUUUAUUUUCUUUCCAACUGAAUAUUUGUCUCUGUCUCAUGUACAGUGAGGCAACUCAAUAAAAGAGGAUCCAGAUUACAGUCUUUGGAAAGAUUAAUCAGGUUGGAGUCUUUUAUUUAGAUAGGAAGUGAUGAAAGUGGGGAGCGCAGGGUGCUGGGGUUUUGAAAUGGAGGAUGGGCUGAAAAAGGUAGAGCUAAGAAUAGUUCUAUUUGGGAGAACCCAUAUCUGGAGGGCAUCUAUUUAAAAUGAUGAAGAAUAGACAAAAGGUAAAAUUCUUUCUUCAAAAAGUAGAUUUGGAAACACACUAACAUCUGUAGUUUUUGAGGAAGGUAGCUAUCUGCAAAACCAACACAGGGUGGUACAAGGAAUGUAAGUUAAUUAGAGAGUUAUGCUUGAUGUCACUUAGAUAGAAUAAGUAAACGCUUAUGUGAGUUUAAGCACAAACACAGACUGC